AUGUUGCUGAGGUUAUGGACCGUGGCCCUCGUCUUGGCGGCCUUUGCCGGAGCCGUUGUCGACGUCAAAAGCAGGUGUUGUUUUUACCUUUUGCGGCAGGACUCUGGCCAUUUUUCAGAGUUGACUGCUACCCGGAACCAGGAGCCUCACAAGGCGCCUGCGAAUCUCGUGGCUGCGUUUGGACUCCAACUGGAGUUCGUUUUUUUAUAGCUCAAUUCACUCCAGCUUUUUCCUUUUUUUCCAUGCCAAAAAAAAAAAUCUUUUUUCAAAUUUAACCAACAAUAUACGUUUCAAGACGUUUUUUUGUAGAGCGAAAAUGCGAAAAAUUUUGUUCAUACGGCAUCGAUCUCUCUGCUGACUUUCAAAAUUUGACCGUCUCGGAAAAAUAUAUCAUGCCAGAAAAUAAAUUUUUCGAUCUCAUAUCUUCGAAAAAAGGCGCUAGAAACUUGUGUGAAAGUUUCAUUUCAGAAAAAAAACACAUUGUCCAAAAAAGUGUCAUUGAAAUCUGAUUUGCUGAGUCAAACAUUUUUUUCUUAUUUACAAGAAUAUUUUGUUUUCGUACAGCUUUUUCAAGUUUUUCUUUUUAGAAUAGCUGGUUUUUUUUCUGAUAGAUUUUAAUAACCUCUUUUUUGACUUUUCAAAAAAAAAGUACUUUUUGGCACCUCAGAAAUUUCUUUUUUUUUUGCUUUUUUUACCUAUAGGCUACAGGCUAAAGUCUGCUCAGAUUUUGAAUGUCAAGCAGUAAACUCCGCCCCCGAAAACGCUCUGUGAAUGGCCCACUUUCUGAUUGGCUUGAUCUACGCAAAAAGGGGCGGAGUUUGAGCGAUGAUUCGACAUUCAAAAUCUGAAUAGACCAUAUUUGGUUCGAACUUGUUUUUGAAUGAUGGGUAAACAUUGAAAAUUGAUUUCCAGAGCUUUUCUUUUUGAACUUUUCCAUCAGUUACAGCUUUUAACGAGACUAAAAAAGUUGAGAGUGAAGUUGGUUCUAUUCUGUUGAAAUUUUUCUAUGGCCUACCUCUGUUUUCACCUUUCUAAAGUUGUGAAGCUUUCUCUGCCGAAAAAAAUCCAUUCCAACCUGAAAAAGUCUCUAAUCAGUGACCGCGGUUCUUGGAAACUUUCCAAGCUGAAAACGAAGAAUUUUUAUCGACUUCAAAUGAAUUCUUAGUCUGGGGAAUAAGAAACCUUUGAGAUGAUUUUGGGCAUUUUCAGUCUGACGCCCCCAUCGGAACUCCUUUUUGCUACUACCCGCGCGAGUCCGGCUUCAAAGUCCAGGAGCAGAACAUCGGCCACAUCCAACUGACCUCAGGUCGGUUCUUUUUGUAAAAUAGCGCCUGAAAGGCUAUAUCAAUCCAGCCUGAAUGGAUUGGAAGUUGAAAAACUCGGCAAACUUGAGGCACAUUUUCAGAACGCGGACCGUAUCAAAAAUAAAUCUUUAUGUCUUACAAAUUAUCCCAAAAAAAGAGUAGCUUAAUUUAUUUUUUCUUAUUGUCCAUUCGUCACAACUUUAAACGACAGAGAUUUCUCUGCCCCCUCCUCUUCUCUCGGAAAUCCUCUCACGAUUACGUGUUAUUUUCAUGUUUCUCUAACCACGCCGGUUAGAGAACAGAGAGACGCAGACAGGCAGAAAGUUAAAAAGCUAGAGAGUCAACUUUUCCGGACUUGAAAGGCGAGAUUGGUAGACCGGAAAGGGUGAAGCGUUGCGUGUGCGACGCGGCUUUUGGGUGGGAAACUCGGGGUCGAACUAAAUCAUUAAAAAAAGUGGACAAACCAAGUUAUUAUUAUUUUUAGACUUUUUUUGUUCAACCGAAUAUUUUCAAACUCAUAAAAGUUAAAAAUCUAUGUCAAAAAGGAGAAAAAAGAGUGACUCAUCUUUGACCUCAAGUUUCCCGCCGAAAGCCGCGUCGCACACGCAACGCGUCACCCUUGCCAAUCAACCCAUUUCACCUUUCAGAUCUGGCAAGAUUGACUAUACCAAUAUUUUUUUUUCAAUCUUGGGACCUUUCCAAAAUCCCCCAAUGUUAUUUAGCUUAUUUGAAAAAUCUCACAGGUUUCGCAAAUCCCUACGGAAACAACUAUUCUCCUCUCGACCUGGCCUAUUCUUUGAAUGGAAAAACGAUCCUGGUUACGAUUGGAAAUAGUGACAGGUAUUUACCUAUUUCGGAAAAGUCGCAUUUCGUUUACUCAACCGAUUUUUUCAAACAGAUAUGUCCCGCCAGUCGGACUACCGAAAGGACCAUCCAUGUCAUCGGAAACUCUGAAUUUCGUUCCUGGCACGAUUCCAGGAACCGACUUUUUCUCCUUCAAAGUGGUCCGCCAGAGCACUGGAGCCGUCCUUUGGGACACCAGCAUCGGUUUUUUCUCAAUGAAAAGUUCAUUAUUCAAAUUUACAGGAGGAAUGCAGUUUGCGGACAAGUUCAUCCAAAUCGCCACUUAUUUGCCGACCAAGAACUUGUUCGGCUUCGGAGAUCAUGUUCACAAGAAGCUCAAGGUUAGAUUUAUGUUUCGAUAGUGGUAUAAAAUAAAGAAUGGUAGUAUGAAAAAUUGUUUUAGCCAUUUUUUUAAGCGUUCUCAAUUUUUAAUCAAAAAAUGAGAUCUUCUAAUGAUUUUGACUUUAGUAUUUCUGUAAAAACAGGACAUUUAUUCACUGUAACAUCUGAGAAAUGCUGCGAAUUCGAAAUUUUAAUUUUACAUAGUUUUUUUUUUCAAUAAAAGCUUCUAUUCAGAAAAAAAAAGUUAGUAGAUAAAUCUAAAUAUAAUGAGUCUGUGAAUAGAAAUGUGAUUAAAGAUGUGAUUUUUCAUUGAAAAAACUUAAUCUGAUGAAUUUGAGCACGACCUAACUCGGUACACGGAAUGGCCAAUGUUCGCCAGAGACAUCGGACCUGAUUCGGGUUCCGCCCUUUCGACUCAAAAUCUCUACGGUGUUCAUCCGUUCUACUUGAGUUAAUAUUUAAAUGUGGAUUAUUCAUGAUGGAUUAAUUUUUCAGUGGUGGAAGGCGAUGGGAAGACUCACGGUGUCUUGAUUUUGAACAGCAAUGCUCAGGUAAAUGUUCAGAAUGAGUUUUCUUUGGAUUAGACUGGCCAGGAAGUUCUUUCUAGGGUGAAUUUUGAAUAUUUCUCAAGUUUGCACAUUUUCUUUGAGAAAGUUUGGUAGAAGAUCCAUCUCUGGGAAAAAUUCUGGGCUUGGAGAUGAGAAUUUUUGUGAAAAAUUAGGCUUCAAGGUUGAUUUUGUGUACACGACUUUUUGACACACCAGAAAUCCAAAAUUAAAGAUUUUUUUAUAAAAAAAUUCGAUUUUUUUGGACCAUUAAAGAGUUUUUGAACACAUUCAUACCUAGGAAAAUCCUGAGAAGGAGUUGGGAAUGUAACUGAAAGGAGGUUAGAAGCUGAAUGGAAGCUAGAAGGAUUCAACCGAGAAUCCCACAAACUUUUAUUCAAAAAUAAGCAAGAAAUGUUCAGGAAGUCGUUACGGCCCCAGGUCCUCACCUCGUUUAUCGCACCAUCGGUGGUCGUCUGGACAUUGCCUUUUUCCCUGGCCCAACUCCCGAAGAAGUCAUCCAGCAAUACCUGCAACACAUUGGCCGCCCCUUCUUGCCUGCUUACUGGGCCUUGGGAUACCAGGUAAAAAAAAAUUUGAGACUGCUUUUUCCAACGAUUUGAGUCGUUGAAAAUCUUGUAGCUUGAAAGAUUGCAAAGUGAUCAACUUGAAAAUACGCAUUUUUCAAGAAAACCAACCCCGCGCGACGGCAUCCUGUACUCAGCACGGAUGGCGCACGGUGCAUUCCGCUUUUUUGCACUCUGGUGCAAAACUGGAGUCUGCACCGUGCAGUUUUGGUGCUUUUUUGGUGUCGCACUGGUGCAGCGCGCUAAAAGCACUGAUUUGACACCUUUGCACCAAAAAAUCACCGAAAUCGCACGGUGCAGACCCCAAUUACGCACCAGAGUGAAAAAAAGCAGAAUGCACCGUGCGCCAUCCUUGCCGAGUAGCAUAGGAACAAAGUCAUUUGAAUUCGGGCGCAAAUAUGUGUUUAAUUAAAAAAAGGAACUACGAUUAUUCAGAUCAAAAUUCAAAAAAUUUCCUAGUUUUACACCUUUUUGGAACUUUUCCGAACCGGGAGGGCUCUCUGAGAAGUGAAUCCCUUCAAAAAUAAUAACCCGCUUUUUUUCUUUUUUCACGACCUGUGAGUCUAGCUUUCGAAAUGAUGAUUUUGAUGGUCCAAAAAAAUCAAUAUAAAAGUUUCACUCGUCAUUUCUUUCCCCUGUAAUGAAUUAACGUUGAUAUUUGUUAUUGAUCGCAUCUUUUGAGCAAUCAAAUGCAGUUUCAUGACGUUCAGAGUGAUGGAAAUUCGAUAUUUUCCUAUUUUUUUAGUUGUGCCGCUGGGGCUACCAGAACCUGGAUGAGAUGAAAACAGUGAUCCAGCGAAAUCAAGCGGCUGGGAUUCCUCUCGACGUUCCUUAUGCAGACAUCGACUACAUGAACCAUUAUGAAGACUUCACGGAAGGCGGUGUGAGUCGGAAAUGAUCAUUUAAUAUAUCUGCAUGGAAAAUUGAAGUUUUAGAACGACUGGAGAGCUUGAAACUCCAAAAAAAAAAGUUCUCUUCUGCAUCGUGAAAAUUAAGCGUUUUUGUGAAGUUUUUAACGUCUUUCGGAAAAUGAAGAAAACUUUUUGAAAGUCGGAGAUUCCAUUUUAGUCUAUUUUGAGGGCUUUGUUAACCUCAGAAGGGUUCGAACUGUUUUUUUUUGAACGUUAGACGUGAGUCUGAAACAGCUGAACUACCUUGAUUCAACAGAGCCUUUUUUUAUUUCUCUGAUUUCUGAAUGAAUGAAAAGAAAUCAACUGAGCUACGCUUUUCACUAAAUGUACGCCUUCAAGAAGAGAUUCAGGACUGGGCCGGCUUCCCAGCUUAUGCCAAUGAACUCCACCAAAACGGUCUCCAUCUCAUCGUGAUCUUCGAUCCGGCUAUUGAAGCGGACUACGGCUCUUUCCAACGGGCCAUCGAUCAGGUUCAAUGAUUUAUUAGAGUUUUUGUCAAUCAAGUGAAAAAUCUAGGUGAUCUUGAAGCUGUCUUGUUUUAAACACUCUUUUUUGUCGUUUUUUCUGACCCUUAACAUACAGUAACAAUCCAGGGAGCGUCGUUCAUCGAAUGGGACACGGACGCUCAAGUACCCCGUCAAAUCCAGGAUCAGUACCCGAUGGCGAAAAAUACCAAAGUUUCCAAAAACUUCAUGAAAUAUUGAAGACGAUAUUUUGUUCAAGGUAAUGUUAGGAAACGUGUGGCCGGACAGAAACACCGGCUUCCCUGACUUUUUGGACACGACUGACAAAACCAACAACUGGUGGGCCAACGAGUUUUCGACCUUCCACCAAAUUGUGCGUGAUUUUUUUCAUCAAAAAGCUUUUUGGGGUGUGAAGGCUCAUAAACUUUCUAGGUUUCUGUAAGGCAUUUUUUUUUUUGAUUUAUUUUUUGGGACGUUUGGGAUCCAAGGCACGGCAUUCCUAAUGAGCGUCAAAAUUCUUGAUUUAAAAAAAAAAAGUAAAUUCGCGCUCCGGAUAAAAUUAAGUCUAGAUAUACACUGAGUAUUCAACCUUAAUAACUUGUCUACCGUACUCCUCAUUUGGCUGCGUAUUUAAGAUUUGAAUUUUCGCGCCAAAAAGUUUUUUUUUCCACCCCGUGUGAGAACGCCGACAGUCAUUCCUGUCAGAAGCUUGAGAUUUUUUAGUAUUUUGGGUUUUUAGAAAAAUUUUUGAAGGCCUAGGAGAAGGUUUCUCAGAGUCGUACCCACUCAAACUUCUAUUUUUUUUGAGAUAUUAAUUUUUUUAAAGUUGGGAAGUAUCGAUUUCAAGCCUGAUUCUGUAGCAAACUCUAAAAAUUUUCGUUGAAAUGACCUUACAAAAUAGGAAAGCUGUUAGAAAACAAAGAAUGUUUAUUCGAGGAUUUUUCAGCUUCCAUUUGACGGUAUGUGGAUCGACAUGAAUGAGCCGUCCAACUUUGACACCGGAACGUUCGUUUUUCCUCGCAUUUAAUUUUCAAGAAUGAUCUUAUAGCUGAUCAUAACUGAUAACUGAUAAGAUUCAAGGCUACUCUAUAAGUAAACUUUUUAAUAAUUGAGAAGUACUUCUGACUCAAAGAAUCACGACUUAUAAAGUUGGUUCCUUUUUUUCAGUCUUAGCGUAAACUGUAGAAAUUAAUUUGUUCUAUAAUAUUCAGGGAAAAAGUUACAGAUACUCAUCCGUGGGAUCAAACCUUGACGCCAGCAAACUUUCCUGUCCGAUCAGCGGACCUGAUGCGACUUUGGACAAUCCUCCUUAUCCUACUCAAGCGGUUUGUUUGAAAAGAAAAGACAUUCUGAGUUCCAGAAGUUUCUGAGAUAUAUUUUAAAAAGUUGGGAAGUUUCGCCAAUUGAGAGUUUCAGGACACUCCUUUUUUUUAGUUUUGUGUCGUUUUUUCAAGAUUUUUUGAAGUUUCGAGUAAAAUAACCUCCUUCUGAGGCUACAGCUCGAAAUUUAAAGAAAAAUGACUUUUUUCAAGGUUUUCCUGCACGACGGGGAACACCUCAGUUCCAAGACCCUUUGUAUGCUCGGAAAAACGGCCAGACGGACUAUGAACUUCUACGACACCAAGAAUCUCUACGGCUGGAGUGAAGCUCGGGCCACCUACUUGGCCCUACCCAAGACCACGGGAAGGAGAGGAGCCAUCAUCUCAAGGUGGGCUUGAAAGUUGAGCAAGAAAACAAUUUAUGAAGAGAACUCUUGAUCAAAAAAGAAAGAAAGGAGACUUUUUUGGGUUUUGAACGUCGUAUCUUCAAAUUUUUGAAUUUUCACAAAACCUUGUUUUUUGAUCAAUUUUUCCGAAAACGUAGAUUUCAGGACGAGGAACUUUAUAUAAGAAAAUUAUAUUUAGAAAAAAAUUCAAAAAGUACUUUUGUUUCGAGUAAACUGUUAUAUAAUAGUAAAUCCUUCUCGACUUAAAAGGCUACUCGCAUGCUGAGCAGGUGUCUCAACGGGUGUACCCGUAUUAAACCCGUGUUUCUGAGGUUAUUUUAAUCUCAGUUGGGCUAAAACGGGGGAUCAACGGGUUUAAGAAAAAUAUGUACCCCAGCUGGGCUAGAGCGGGGUCUCAGUUGGGCUGAAAAUUGCCAAAAGUUCUAUCAGCUGGGCUUAUGCGGGUCUAAUACGGGGGCACCCGCUGAGACCCCGUUUUAGCACGGCUGGGUUAACCUCCUCAGCAUUCGAGCUAGCUUGACAAGGAGAACGCGUUGCGUACGCGACGCGGCUUUUUGGCGGGAAAUUUAAGGUCGAAUGCGAGCCACCACUUUCCGAACUUUUCCUCUUUUUUUUUUGAUACUUUUUAAUGAUUUCCAAUUUCUUAUAGUAUGGGAAAGGCUCAGUUGAUUGCUAGAAGUAUAAUGAAACGAAAACUUCGUUUUCUACGUUUUUUCCACCGUUUGACUUACGCCAAAAGCCGCGUCGCGUACGCAAGGCGCCACUCUUACCAAUCUAAAAUUGACUACGAAAGCGCAAUAAAAAUUUUCAAAUGUUGAAUUUCUUCUCCAACUUUCUUUUAAGCACUUGUGCUUUCAAAUUGACCGCCCUCAGGUCGACGUUCAUUUCCUCUGGUCGAUAUGGAGGACACUGGCUCGGCGACAACACUGCCCGUUGGGAGGAUCUUCAGACCUCCGUCAUCGGCGCCAUGGAAUUCAACUUUUUCGGCAUCCCGUACGUCGGUUCGGACAUCUGCGGCUUCAACGGUGUCUCCAACGAGGAGCUUUGCUUGCGCUGGCAUCAAAUGGGCGCAUUCCACUCGUUUUCUAGGUUUUCUAGGAUACAUUGACUAAUAGAGUAUGGGAAACUGUUCAGAGAUCACAAUACUCAAGGUGCUCCCGCACAAGACCCGGCUGUCUGGCCGUCGGUGGCCAACGCCGCCAGAAUCGCUCUCAAUUUCCGCUAUUACUACUUGCCUUAUCUCUACAGGUUUAUCACUGACAAAACACAGAAAAAAAAUUUUUUUUUAUAAAGAUAUGAAUUUUUAGCCUGCACUAUUCGGCUUCUCGGUACGGCCACACCGUCGUUAGACCUCUAUUUUUUGAAUUCCCGCACGAUUCGGAGACUUUGGCCAUCAGCGAGCAGUUCAUGUGGGGCUCUGGCCUCAUGAUCGCUCCUGCUCUUUAUCAAGUCUCUAUUCAAACUAUUUGAAGUCCCUCACUCAUCAAACUGUCAGGGAAUGACGUCAGUCCAUGCCUACUUCCCCUCAGCAACCUGGUACUCUUUGCAACCCAAUAAUUACGGAAAAGUCAUCUCCGCCGGCUUCAAUGAUGUUCCUUCGCCCCAUGAUUCUCUGACGCCGGUCUUUGUUCGAGGUUUAGAGAUUCAGAUAACCUUUGAAACGCUUUUCUCUAUCAAUAACGCUCCUAACCUUUGUUAUGAAAAAAAAUAUCAGAAGCUGCGUGUUUGGUUGCAGCUAAAAUUCCGUGGAGACGUCCGGUUCAAUUACUGAACUGAAAAGAAAAACCUAGGGGCUACUUAAGAGGUUCCUCGAGGACUACUUGGAGAGGGCACUAAAGUGGCCAGUAAAACCAACUCUAUUUAAGCCAAUAUUGGACAUCUUAGUGGCCACUAUAGGAUUUUUUCGUAGUCCAGUAAACUUUUAAAGAGGUCACUAAAUUUUAGCCUUUAAAGUGGUCAUUAGUUUGACUACUAGAGUGGCCACUAAGGGCUCAAAACCUAAAAGUGGCCCCUCAAAAUUCUCCCAAGCCGCAAUUUUUCACCCGUUUUCAUCCAGCGGGUUCACCCGGAACGAAAUUCCCCACGCACAUCACCCGUUUCACUCGAGGGGUUCCACACGGAUUGAGCUUCACCCAUUUUUCACCCGUUAUAGUCCCGCGGGUGCUCCCUAUCGGUGAAACCGCGAAUAACCCAAAAUAUGACAAUUUCGUCCAGCGGGUAACCCGCCGCAGCAUUGUAGUUGUCGCUUAAAUGAUCAUUUUCUUCCAGGUGGAAAUAUCUUGCCCCGACAGGCCAACAACCAGACGACAACCGAUUCUCGCAAAAAUCCUUUGGAACUACUCGUCGCUCUGCAGCCAAACGGCGGCGCUUCCACUGUAUAUUUCAAUUUGACCAGUUUUUAGGGUCCUUAGAACUCGAAUUAACACUGGAAAUCGGCAAGGGAGACCUUCUCGUUUAUAUUUCUUGAGGAGGGUCUAAUAGAACGAAAUUUUGAAAAAAGAAUUUUUGUUUGAGCUAUUCUCAGCCUUCAACUCUUCAUAUAAAAAAAUAAUAGGAAGUUUAGAAUCCUUUCAAUUUUUUUAUAGAAUUAAGGAGUUUAUCAUGAUGCUUGACAUAUUUUUCAAAGUCAAUUUCCAAAAAUGUAACUUUUACUUAUAGGGAGAACUCUACUACGACGCUGGUGAUGAUCUUCUUCCCAACGAUAAUAUUGAAAAUCACGCGAGGUUUUCAAUUUUUCAUCCUCCUUACUUAAAUUUGGUAUUUUUCGAAAAAUUCUUGUAUUUUUAUACAAGAUUCAUGUCUUCCAAAAGUGUCUCACAGAUAAAGAUUUUAAAAAAUUGAAAAAAUUGGUCGCAAGAAGAAUGGCUUCACCGUAGAGCGGGGUUUUUAAUAAUUUGAUUAGAACUCAAACCGCAGUGCGACCGCAACGCGUUGAACCGUUCUGGAAGAUACUAGGAAGCUUUAAUUCGUGGAAAACGAAUUGUAGACGCAAAUGGAAAGAUUUAUUUUUUUUUGAAAUUUUAAGUUUUUCAGAGCUAGAGCUUCUAUCAUAAUUUUUGAACUAAUGUUAAGAUUUGUCCUAAUGUUUUUCGCUUAAGACAUCACUGGACCUUCACAUUCACCUACUCGGUGGGCGGUGGUGUUCUGACAGGACAAUGCGAAAAAUGCGCUAAUGUGAGUUUCAAAUGAGUAUCACGAGUAAUAAAAGUAUGUUCAAUUUUCCUAGACUGUCUCUGUACCCACUUUGGACACGAUCGAAGUGAUUGGCUAUCCACAGGCGCCAAAUUUCGACGACUUCAGACUCGACGGCGCCAAGGUCAGGCUUGGAAGAGAGAAAGAUUUGUUCUUCACUUGAACUUUUGAUCCUUUCAGGUCCUGCUAAAUAAGUCGCAGAGCUCUUGGAGCGGGAACAGGCUGAUUUUCACGGCGUCCAGACUGAUCAACUUGCAGCAAAGGACCCAGUCGAGCGGAACACCAAAGUUCACACUUUCCUGGACCAACAUGUAA